CUGCGUUCUGUAUUUACUGUAGAACAACAAAGGAUAUUACAGCGUUAUUAUGAAAAUGGAAUGACAAAUCAAAGUAAAAAUUGCUUUCAGCUCAUAUUACAGUGUGCACAAGAAACUAAACUGGACUUCAGUGUAGUCAGGGUGUGCAGCACAUGGUAUCCAGAGUGGUACAGAAAACAGUUUCAUCAUAUCUAUAUAUGCAGUCAUACGUGGGUUGGCAAUAAAAGAAGGAAGAUGAGCAGCAAGAAUGCUGUAGAGUCUGGAGGCACUCCUCCAGGGACUGUCCCUACUACACCCUCAGUACCUCCAGAAGCAGCAGUUAGAAAUGUGGUAAAUAUUGCUCGAUCCCAAAGUCAGCAGUCUUCUUGGACCUCUUCUAAUAACGAUGUAAUAGUUACUGGUAUAUACGGUCCUGCUAGUUCAUCUAGUAGGCAAGGAUCCACCAAACAGACAAAUACUUCAGUGGCAGAAAUACAUAAAAACUCUAUUUCAAGACUGCCAGGAAAAAGUGAUACAGAAUUUCAGCAGCAGCAUAUCCCUAUAGGACGACAAGUACCACACUGUAAAAACGCUUCCCUAUUAGUAGGGGAAAAGACUAUUAUUUUAUCUAGGCAAACAAGCGUACUGAAUUCUGCGAACUCCAUAUAUAGUCACACUAAAAAAAGUUAUGGUGGCUCAUCAGUCCAGACUGCAGAGUUGGUGUUACCUCAAAAGCCAAUGAUAUGCCACAGACCAUGUAAAGCUGAACCCGUGGGAUGUCAAAGGUUACAAAAAACAGAACAUGCAGCUCUUGCAUCACAUGUGCCCCUUGCACAAAGGGCUAAUACUAGGGAUCCUUCUUGUAGCACCCAAAACCUGGAAAUUCGUGAGGUGUUUUCUCUGGCCGUGACAGAUCAACCGCAGAGAACUGUGGGAGGAAGUACAACACAGAAGCAUUGUUCAGUGGAAGGCAGCUGUCUAUCCAUUGCAAUGGAAACGGGAGAUGUUGAUGAUGAGUAUGCUAGAGAAGAAGAACUAGCAUCCAUGGGAGCACAAAUACAAAGCUAUUCAAGAUACUGUGAAAGUAACAGUUCUGUUCGAGCAGAGAACCAAAGUGCAGCUUUGUCUGGGCCGGGAAGAAAUGUGAGUUGUAGUUCACACAUGGUGAAUGCCAGGGACGUGCCUGACAAUAUGUUGUAUCAUAACAGAGACUACCACUUGCCUGCACGGACCUCAUUACAUACAGCAUCCAGUACGUUAUAUAACAGUGCUAAUCCAUCAAGAAGUACUUUUUCUCCUCAUUUUACAUCUUCAAGUCAACUGAGGCUGUCACAAAACCAAAAUAAUUACCAGAUUUCAGGAAACCUUACUGUGCCUUGGAUUACAGGUUGCUCCAGAAAAAGAGCAUUACAGGACCGCACACAGUUUAGUGACCGAGACUUAGCUACCCUAAAGAAAUACUGGGACAAUGGCAUGACCAGCCUGGGCUCAGUCUGCAGAGAGAAAAUUGAAGCUGUCGCUGCAGAAUUAAAUGUUGACUGUGAAAUAGUGCGGACGUGGAUUGGGAAUCGAAGACGGAAAUAUCGUUUAAUGGGGAUUGAGGUCCCACCCCCUAGAGGAGGUCCUGCUGAUUUCUCUGAUCAAUCUGAAUUUGUUUCUAAAUCAGCACUUAAUCCAGGAGAGGAAACUGCUACUGAAGUGGGGGAUGAUAAUGAUAGGAAUGAUGAAGUAUCAAUCUGCUUAUCUGAAGGAAGCUCACAAGAAGAGACAAGUGAUACUCUUCAAAAUGAAGAAAUCGGUCACAAAGAUGAUGACCAGAAUCCAGUAUCUACUGAUAAUGUGAAAAUAGAAAUUAUAGAUGAUGAAGAAAGUGAUAUGAUAAGUAAUUCUGAAGUGGAUCAAAUGAGUUCCCUCUUGGAUUAUAAGAAUGAAGAAGUCAGAUUCAUUGAAAAUGAGUUGGAGAAUCACAAACAGAAGUAUUUUGAACUACAGACAUUUACUCGGAGUUUGAUACUUGCUAUUAAAUCAGAUGAUAAAGAACAGCAGCAGGCACUGCUGUCAGACUUACCUCCUGAAUUAGAAGAAAUGGAUUUCAAUCAUGCAUCCCCAGAGCCUGAUGAUACCUCAUUCAGUUUGUCGUCUUUAUCGGAGAAAAAUGCCUCAGACAGUUUGUGAUUUUUAUUGACAAGGAAAAAAAAGACUGCCUAACAUGUAGGUUUUGAGAACAGCUUUUUGUUAUCCAGUGUUCUUCAGUCAAAAAACAAAAAAAGCCCAAGGUGAAGCAGACCUUGCUGAAGGAUGACUGUCAUAUGUAAUGGCUGCAGUUUGCAAUGACAAAAAUUUGGAAUGUUGGUUGUGGUAAAUGAAAGAACUGUGUGAGGAAAGGUUUCAUUUUUAGCAGGAUAACUUCUGACUUUCCAGAAUAACUCUUGCUCUGUAGCGCAGUCUUUUUGAGCAGCGGUCUAAGAAUGGAAAACACAUGUCCUGUUAUACACCUAGGUAAUUUUUCUGAGUUGCUUGCUAUAUGAAACUCACUGGUCCUGUUUAUUGUAGAUUCACCCUCCUCAGUUCUCGCUCAGGUAGGUGGACUAAAAAUUGGGAAUCCAGAUAGGAAAAUGGGCUUUUUAUGAAUUGUCCUUGAACCCCUUUGGAAAUCUGAAAUUAAACUAAAGUGCUUUUCCUUAUGUAACUGCAAAUUGUUGAAUCUUCUGUUUUCUGACCAAAAUAAGUGAAAAAACUUUGAAAGGCUAACCAAAUAAUUUGAAUUAUCAUCAAUAAAUUAUUAAUAUACAGAGACAUCAUUAAGUUUUGUACCAAAUUAGAUUCAUACUGUAAGCUCGAUAGCUGCAGAGCGUGACUUUCUGAUAUUUUCACCAUAGCAAUGGGAUUACAUAUGUUUACGCUACUAUUUAGAGUUUUAUGAAUGUAGUUACAGUUUUUAUUUGUCAAAGUCUGAAUGCUAAAGUUCUGUUCAGUAAGUUUUAAGUAUCAGUUAAGUAUUUUUCCAUAAACUUUUCUCCAGUUUUAGCAAUACAGUGUCAUAAAGCCACAGCUGUCAUUGUAUCCCGAAGUGUUUUAGGGUGUUUCAAAUUGAGCUUUGAAAAAUCUUCCAAAUGUGACCUGUUUUGGAAGCAGCUCCAUCUGACAAAUUUUUUUGGCGAAAACUGUAAUACAAUUGUCAUUUUUGAACUGUGAGCUUAAUUGCAGCCAGGGGCUGAAAUGAAUUUAUUCUUUCCCAGCUGUUGUUCACAUUGAAUCCCCUUACUCAUCUGAAUAAAUAGAUAUGCAGGCACAUUCAGAUAAAUUUAGUAGGGCAUGUAGGUGUAUGCCCAUAUUAUUAAUGCUUUAUAACUUCUAAUCUGAAUAUUCCUCAGCAAGCAUUUUUGCAACAGAUACUCUUGGAAUCUUGUAUUAAGCCUGAUCUUUCCAUUUUAUAUCAAGUAAUAAUUUACUCUGGUGAAUUGUUAUUCAUGUAGUACAGUAAGUAAUCCCAUUAAUUUCAGUGGGACUAUUCUGAGUCUAUUUGAACAAAAAGAUCCUUUUUAAAAAAAAAAAAAAAAAAAAAAAAGGAAGUCCAGGGUGUAGCUGAGAAAGUUCAGUGUGUUAGGAGGGGGGAACCCAAAAAUCAAAGAAAAAAAAAAGUACUUUAAUAGUGAUCUGAUGUUCACUAAUGACUUUAUUUCACUCUUUCUGUUCUGUCCCUCCCUAAUUGCUUUUGCAAUUCUUUCUUUUUUAUUAUUUAUAGUGAGCUUUUUCUUUCUUUUUUUUUCCCCCUGUGUUUCUGUGUUGUCCUUGGGCAUGGGGAGCUUUUAACAACAUUGUUAAAUGUCGGCUGCACAAAGGAUAGUAAUGAUUUUAAAAGCUGUAUUAAAAAUAAUUUUUUUUCCACUGUUCCUAAUUACUGCACAAUUCAGUUAAUUUGUAGUCUGCAAAAAGUCUUCCCACGUAUUCUACAGAGUAGCCCUACAGAAAACAAACUGUUGGGGCUGUGUUAUGAGGCUAGGGCAUUAAAACUCAAAAUAGAAUCUGAAGAGAUAGAAACAGCACUUUGUGUAACCAGUAUGUAAGUGGUUCCUCAUCUCUCAAUACCUUAGCUGUAAUGUCACAUUCUGACUGGCAGACGCAUCCUUAUUCAGAGGGAGAGCAGUAUUUUACAUGCCUGUUGAAAUGACCGCCAAUCUAAAAUUACUUAAGGUUUGUGAGCAAAGAUCACAGUACUAUCCCUCCAAUGUAAGCUAGAGCUCAACUGCAACUCUGCACCGUCUCUGAAAAAAUCAUUGCUGAAAUUUAAAAAAAAAAAAAAGUACUGUGACUUCCUACUAUUCAGAUCCUAUUUUCCUGUUGCUUCCACUUAAAUUUUUGUGACAAAAGGCAAGGUACUCUUAAUAGAGAGCUCUUGAUUUCAUGGUCAGUUAAGUUGCUGCAAUUCUCACCUUUUUACAAGAGAAUUGUCAUUGUUGAUGAUAAUUCAUUUUUUGUUCUGUCUUGCUUUUACUUGAUAUACAAACAAAUUGAAUGGAUUCACUUUGAAUGAACCACCAUGAGAUUUAAACAACUAUAUAAGAGUCCCUUUGCUCAAGGAAGCUGGAAUCCUCCAUAUGAAUUGCAGCUUGAGCAUGUUUUUCUUUGGUCCUUUUCUCAUGGUAGGGUUACAAGACAAAACACAUAGUAAAGUAGUCAUGUCUGCAUACCCUGAAACAUUUGAUAAUACUACAGAAUAUUCAGGAACAAAGAGUAUAAAUUACGCUCCUAUAUAACAAAAUGCUGUAUCAGAUAAUACUAUACAGUUGUUCUGUGUUUUUAUUCUUAAUUUUAGAAUAUACUUCCUGUCAUACGUAAAACAAAAAAAAAACUUGAUUCAUUACCAUUGCUCGCUAUUUAAAAUGUUGCAGCAACAACAGUUUUCCAGUACAGAGGCUGAAAAGCAGCACACUUGCUUAUAGACUGUGUAUCAUAACAGCAGUUAAGCAUCCUGAAGUUGUGAAAAUACAUAUCUAAAUAUUGCACUUCAGACUAGCACCACACAUGUAGCUCAUGGCUUUGUAAUUUAAGGCUUUUUUGGUUUGUUUGUUUCCCAACAGACAACUAAAUAUGCUAAUCAAGUUUGCAGUUUCCAUCCAAAUCCAUGUAACUCGUAUCGGUUUAACUGGACCUUAGGACAAUAUGAGAGCAUUUGGUUUUGUUGCCAUAUUUCUUUAAAAUUGUGUCACAGUAACUAUACUGAGACUCACCGAAUUCUAAUAAGCAUCACCAGGAUACUAAUUUCCAGAUGAAAUUCUGAAAGUUCUCCAGAUGAUGGAAGGUGACAGUGGUGGCUAUCAUGGUAUUUGACAUAUUUAGGGUUUUGGUCUAUGAUUAUUUCCUCUGUUCACAGGAGGAUUUAAAAAAAAAAAGCACCCAUCAAAUGCUAAUUCAUCAUUUGCAUAGACUUUCCAUGACAGAUAAGGUUAAUACUGUGCUGUGUUACCAUGAAAGAAAUAAGGCUCCUUGCUAUUUCACUAUUUUGGAUCAGUAAUUUAAAUAACCGCUACAGCAGAAGUGCCAGGUAUUGACACUUUUAUCAUCUUUCUGCUAAGACUCUGACUUGCUUUGUCCAUGAAGGAUGACUUCCCAGGCGCUGUUUAUUCCUAAUGCGUCUAUUGGAAUAUGAAUGAUUAAGUAUGUCUUUCUGAAGACACCAAAGCGGAAAAAAGUAGUUCAGAACAGACACUUUAAAACAGAAAGAGGAUGCUCUCUCCCCUUUGGGAGCAAUGAAACUCUUUGAUGCUAGCAAGCUUGCUGAUACUUAAGAAAGCUGUUUCCUGAAGCUAUGCCUCUCUUCAUUUUCCUGCAGAUGAUACUUGUGUCAAGCCUGUAGCUCUAACAGGAGUGAGUAAUAGUAAAUAUUCUAAUAGGUAAAUUUUGGCAGAUUUGAUUUUUAAAAGUACGUGAAGAACAGAUGCGCUAUACAAGUGUCAGUUUUCUUGAGUACUUGGCUCUCAGAGCAGCACCGCACUUUAAUCUUUCUAAGCAUGUUUUUCACUAAGGCAAUAAAAAUUCUCAAAAUGACAAGCAGAUCCUGGGCUUUGCAGUCCUCUGAGCAAAAAAGGAAUGUAUUAGCUUAUAUUUUUAUCUUAAAUUGGGAAGCAGCUCAUCAAGUCUGUUCACCAAGUGGAGACAGUGAUAUCUACUGUUGUGGUUUUACAGUUGGAAUGAAUGACAGAACAAACCAACAGUAUCAUGAACAUCUUUGUUGUGGAAAUCACUGCUUAAAAUUGAUCAACUAUCUAAUUUUGGAUCUCUAUUGCACUACUGUAUUAAUAACAUUAAAAAGAAAACAUUGAACAGCACUAACUUUUCUAUAGGUACUUAGUUAUAGCUGACUGUUGGUCUCAGGAUAUUGAUAAAAUAAGGAAACAAAAUAAUGUGCGUAAAUGGAAUGCUAAACAGAAUAUCUGAAACAUGAAUUAAUAACUUGUAAUGUUACAACCAAAAGUUUAAUUUACUACCUCCAGUCCUACUGCCCAGAUCCUUCAGGUCAGCCACUGGAGUAUGAGGCUGCUUUACACGUAAUAGGGACUGGCAGAUCUCCAAUAUUCAACUUCCGUUUCAAGACUGUGCUUUUUCUGCACAAAAUCUUAGUAACAAUUAGUAAGUUGAUCAGUUGUGGGAUGCCUGAUCAAUGGUUUGUGAGAAAACUCUAGCUAGUUUUAGGGGAAAAAAUGAAGCUGUUUUAUGGUGUUUGACUUGUCUGCCCAAUCCAUAUUUCAGCACAGUGGUCAAAUGUUAAAUCUUAAGUUAUGAGCCAAAAAAAAAAAAAAAAUAGUGAUACUAUAAAAUUGGUUCUUUCCAUGGCAGGCAGAAUAGGGUUUUAUUCUGACUAAAAAGUAUUUUUCUCUGUAAGCCAGCAGCUGGCAUUUUGCUCAGAAGACAACAAAAAGAGAAGAAACUUUGGCAUGUGGUGGUGGUUGUUGUUUUUAAACAAAUAAGCCAUCAUCUUCAAGACAGAUUCUUAAGAAUGUUCCUGUGAAGAAAAUGGUUUCAGGUCAGUGCUUUGGCUAUAGUGAGCAUUAUACUGUAUUACUGAACUAAGUGAAUAAUUCUUUUCAAAUUCUGUAUUAAACUUUACACACACUACCUCUGAAACGUAACACCACCUUUAAAACCACACAAAAAUGUGAACUUUAACAUUUUUUACUGUUUUUAUAGGCAAUAAAUUAUUUCCAAUACA